AUGAAAAAUCUUCGAAUUAAUCGUACCAAAAGAGUGUACGAUCGCCUACCAUACGUGUCCGGUUUUCAGGAGAGGGUGUGCCGCACAGCCGGACGGCCGGACGGGCUGACUGGUGCACCGCGUGCGGCAGGUGGGGCCGUGCGUGGUUUGAGUUUCGUUGAGAUUCAUGACGAUGGGAUGGAUGGCGCGAUGUGGGAUGUAGUUCGGGUAGGUGGGCAGCGGGGACUCAUGCGAUGGCAUGUGAUGGGCCUUUGGCCUGACCCGUUGACGCUUUCCCGUGUCCUGCUCGCUGGUCUGAACGAAGCUGGUGGUGGUGAGUCGAACGUCGACGGAAGGAAGACGCCAAAGCUUUUCAAAGCCCACGAGGACGAGGACGAGGAGCAGGAGGAGCAGGACGACGACGAAGAAGAAGAAGAGGAAGAAGAGAAUGAGCGAAGACAGCGGUGGCCAAAAAGUCGUCCCUCGCUCGAGUUGUUCUCCUCGUCGCCCACGACAGAGCGGGAAAAUCCUGUCAAAUUCCGCCCUCUGAAAUUGCCACUUCCUUCGGAGGAGGAGCAGCGGGAGAAGGCAGUGAAAAAAUUAAAUUCUCUGCGCGGAGUAUUCACCGCGUCUGCUCGGGCUCCUCAUCUGGUUUCAUGA